AUGGGCGAGUUGUUGAAGUCGAUGGUCCAGCGGUAUUUAUUUUGGAUUUCAUAUGAUGGUGGGAAAUUUCGUGGCGGUGCAAAAUCGUCGAGUGGUUUUGGUGCUACAGAUUUUCUUGAAAAUAUCAUUAAUUAUUCAUUGCCAAAAGAAACUGCCAAUUCGGUGAAACUUCAUAUUUCUAGCAGGACAGAUGUGGGUGUUCAUGCAUCACGUAAUGCAAUAUUGGUUCAAGUACCUCUGCAAGUUGAAUUUAAUGAACGCGAAAAGAUUAUGCAUUUACAGAAAUGGAAUGAUUUAAUCAACAAAUUUUAUCCAACCUCAAUGAAAAUUUUAGAUUUUCAUUCGGUAUCGAAUGGUUUUUGUCCGAGACGAAAUAUUUCAUACAGGCGUUAUAAAUAUCGCCUUUGUAUAGCAAAAAGUGAAGAAAUUUGGGAAAGAAUACGUAUUAAACCGUCAUUAUUUGUUUUUGCUGAAAAAAAUUAUGCUUGGUUCCUUCCUCAAAGCUUUGAUAUAAAAAAAUGUGAAGAAGUUUUAAUUAUUUCAUUAUUUCAUGGAACACAUAAUAUGGCUUCAUUUAUGAAAUAUCCACGCAGACAGGAAUUAAAUGAAGAAGAACCGAUGUGUACGAUGAAAAAUAUGUAUUUACAAAUAUCUCUGGGAAAUAGUGAAUUUAUAGAAAAUAAUGAUGAUUUCGAUUUUUACGAUAUAAUGAUCAUUUCUCGAUCAUUCUUGCGUCAACAAAUCCGUCGUAUGCUUCAAGUUAUUGCUACUUAUUCUUGUAAUAAUAUAUCACAAAACUCAAUCGAAUGGUUAUUAAGAAAUCCUCAUCCAAGAAAUUUUAUUGAAAUGAAAUUAAUAUCUGCUCCACCGCAAGGAUUAUUUCUAGAUGAUGUUGUAUAUGAUGAAAGAAUGUUCCUUAACCCAAUCCCUUAUCAUUAUGUACCUCCAUAA